AUUACUGCUGCGAUGUCUUCUAGUGAUUCUGAUGCUUCUAAUGCUUCUAUUACUUCUGUACGCAGUUGUAUAGUAGUUGAGAUCCUUCCCGAAGACCUUACUGCGGUCUGCAAUCCAGACUGUACGCCAGAGCGCUGUGACGCAGCAACAGUCCGGCCCCACGAACCUCCUGCUACCGAGCAUGGUCUUCCGGGCUCCUUCCGGCCGUUUGACGUGCCGACCCGGGCCCGAGAGGUACGGCAGCUGCCGGCAAACCCGCUGGACUUCUUCCUACCAAUGGCGGCAGCUGCUUGCAGCCCAGCUUAUUCAACAGUUUGGACCAUCAGCAGGUGGGCGAAGACUUUCACGACCUAGGCCGGCUACAGAUAAAAGAAAUACCUCUAUUCCAUGGGAACACCAUAGGAAGGGAUCAAGAAAGGCUUGUUCACCUUGCUCUUAUUGUGGUAGUAGGAAGGUAGUACGGCAGCCUUUAGGUGAGGUAUCUAGGAAUAACCUCACUCGGCAGCAGCAGCGGAAAAAAACUCGGAAGGGCUGCUUAGACUGUGACGUACCAUUAUGUAUUGAUAGAGAUUGCUGGUACCUCUGGCAUACCCAGAAUCUAUAGAGAUUAGAGGUACUGGAAAUCGAUUGGUUAACUUAAAGAUUUUCCACGCCCUUAUUGGCUCUACCCCGCUUUUGGCAAAAAUGAGGUCCAUCAGCACCCGAUGG